UUUACUGCGAUGUGAAUGCAAGGGAGGAAGGAGGACAACCAGACAUCAACCUGCCUCUCGACGAAGCGGUCACGUGCGGCGCACGUAUUGCCAAGCGUGUGUGAUUGUUUGCUGUUUUUUUUCAAUUUAUUUUGGGACAGAGGAAGAGAGCAGCAGACAGGAGGAACUAAGCGAAGCGAAGUGGAGGAGGUGAGCGAGCCUGAGCGUGGAGAUAGAUAGCAGAAAAAUGCUGCCACGGGGAGAAAAGGGGAGGGAGUCGGCACAGAGGAAGAGGAUGAAACGUCGGAGAUGAUCAUCUAGCACAGCCGUUCUCCAAACUUUGACACCUUUGAAGUACCACCUAAGAAAUACUGACACCAGUUACCGCCAUCAUGACCGUCACGAAGGUGCUGAAGAAUCAGUGGAUGCCAUGUUGGGGGUACGGACAGGGACUUGUCUAGGAGGAAGAAGAAGAAUCGGGCCACAGUGAUGGUCCACCUCAGUCUGCAGGAAGCGGCACCUCGCAAAGCACCCAGUUGCGCACCCGGAUGAGCCUCUGCUGCAUUCUCACCGGUCCGGUCUUAAUUAUUCACAUGUCAGAACUGCCCUGUUUGUGUACAGUUGAGACCAGUCGUGUUUUGAAGGAGGACUUUAUGUUUUGCUUUCACUGAGUGGAGGUUCUUCUUCCAAGCAUUCCCAUUUCACAUCUGGAUCAUUGGGGGCGUAUUGUUGGAUUGGAGGUGAUUUCCCAGGCAACAUGCAGUCCGACGACCUCUUCGUCCGCAAGUUUCGGCGCCAGAAUGCGCGGCCACCUGUCGCGGCCGUCAACUUCGAUCCAAAACGAGAGGCGGGAUUGGUGGAGUGGCCACCCAGGAGGGAGGGAGAUGGUUCGGAUGGAGACAACCUGACCCCGAGCCGGGCGGGCCUCAGCCUGCGUGCGGUGGGCCGGGGCCACAUCAUGCAGAGGAGUAACAGCGAUGUGACUUUAGGAGAUUUGGACUCAGGUGGAAAGGCUGGAGGGAAAGCUGCUCGGGCAGUUGGUGAGAAGGUGGGCGUGGGAGCUCAGGGGGACUCUGGGGUGCUGCUACACAGGGAAUAUGGCAGUCUAUCUUCGCUGGAGAGACAAACUCAAGUCCAGGAUCCAGGAAGUGCAAACCAGGGGCCCCUGAGCCCAAAUGCCCUCCGCUUUAAAGACCCCUUCCUGCUUUUAGGACUCCAAGGCAACCCACCAGAACCUGACGGCUUCUUUCGAGGCCUGUCUUCUGCCACAAUAGACUCCCCAAAACCGGUAAAGCCGCCCAAGCCUGAAGGUCUUAGUAAGAAGUCCAAACCUGUGCCCCCUCAAAUCCCUCAACCUAGUCCCUAUGAUAACAUCGGGGGUGGUGCGUGGGUGAGGAACUUUGCCCAUUAUGACGUUCAAAGCAUCCUGUUUGACCUCACCGAGGCAGCCACCAACAGAGACAGCAUUGGACGCAAAAAGAAUAUAACCUCAGGGGCCUCCGCUGCCUCCCAGAUGCGGCCCCUCUCCCAGGGGACCCCUUCUUCACCUGCACAGGGUGGAGUGGGCAACGGGGGUGGCACGGAUGACCCCGAGCAGUCGCUGCUACUGGAUGAAGGUGACGGCAACGACAAUGAGCUCCUGCUCAGCUGCCCCCACUUCAGAAAUGAGACGGGCGGCGAGGAACAGGUGGGCCUCGGCCGAUCCCGAGCCAGGCGGGGGAUGUGGUUGAGCCCGCGGACCCCCAACGAUGCGGCCUCGGUCCUGGAGGAGCCCAGAGAAAGUCACAUCCAGCAGCAGGGCAAAAGCAACUACUUUAUAGAACAUGCAGAUCUGGGAGCGCAUUACUAUCGCAAAUAUUUCUACAUGAAAGAACAUCAGAAUUUCUUUGGCAUGGAUGAUCGCCUCGGGCCAGUGGCCAUCAGUUUCCGCAGAGAGGAGAAGGAAGGCACUAGUGGAGCUCAGUACAAUUACAGAAUCAUCUUUCGCACCACAGAGAUGAAGACACUGCGAGGGUCCAUCUUGGAAGAGUCUGUUCCCUCCGCCGCCCGUCACACGACCCCUCGAGGUUUGUCUCCCAAGCGGCUGCUGGAGUUCAUCAUGCCCGAACUCAACCUGCACUGCCUUCGCUUGGCCUCAAACUCCCCCAAGGUCCGCGACACCUUGCUGAAGCUGGAUGAACAGGGGCUAAAUUUUCAGCGAAAGGUCGGCGUCAUGUACUGCCGGGCUGGGCAGAGCUCUGAGGAGGACAUGUACAACAAUGAGAGCUCUGGGCCGGCGUUUGAGGAGUUUUUGGACCUGCUCGGCGAUCGCGUGCGACUGAAGGGCUGGGAGAAAUACCGAGCUCAGCUGGACAACAAGACCGACUCAACGGGGACACAUUCCCUCUACACGCGCUACCAGGACUAUGAGAUUAUGUUCCAUGUGUCCACCAUGCUUCCCUACACCGCCAACAACACUCAACAGUUGCUGAGGAAACGUCACAUCGGAAACGACAUUGUGACCAUUGUGUUCCAGGAGCCAGGCGCCUUGCCCUUCACGCCAAAGUCUAUCCGCUCCCACUUCCAACACGUCUUCAUUAUUGUCCAGGUUCACGAGCCCCGCACAGACAACACCUAUUACAGGGUGGCUGUGACACGCUCGAAAGACAUGCCAUUAUUUGGCCCGCUCUUCCCGAAGGGCGCUCUCUUCCCUCGCUCGCCAGCCUUCAGAGACUUCCUCCUGGCCAAGGCAGUCAACGCUGAGAAUGCUGCAGAGAAAUCGGAGAAGUUCCGCUCCAUGGCCACUCGCACGCGACAAGAAUACCUGAAGGACUUAGCUGAAAACUAUGUGACUACGACGCCCAUCGACUCCUCCACCAAGUUCCCGCUGCUCUCGCUAGGAGGCAAGCGAAAAGACAAGCUGAAGGGUGCCAAGGGGGCGGAGCUGCACAGUGCCGGGGCGCUGGUAUGGGCCGUGAUGGUCGACGGGGGGGAAGAAGGGGAGGCAGGGGAGCACAAACUGCCCUGCCUGCUGGGGAUCUCAGCUGAGUCGGUGGUGCUCAUCGAGAGGUGCACGCGCAGGGUGGUGUUCAACUGCUCCUGCAGGGACGUCAUCGGCUGGAAGGCGGUGGCCGAAACAAAAGAGGGCGGGCCCUACUUGGAUAUCUUCUACGAGCGCGGCGAGUCGGUGUGCAUCAGCGUGAUGGAGAGCCAGGCUGAGGAUUUAAGAGAGGUGGUUCAGAGGCUGGAGUUGGUUACCCGCGGGUGCGAGGCCCUGGAGGUUACCCCGCUACGUGACGGCGUGGGCCAGCCAGGCUUUCUGAUGAACGAGGAGGGCUUUGUGACGGAGCUGCAGCGGUUCUGCUACGCUGAGAGUGGCGGCUUGCAGCUGUGGGCUCGUGUGGUGCGCCUGUGCGGCCACUCCCUUGUCCACCUCAGCACGGAGGAGAGGACCAAGCUUCUCCGCACGGCGCACAAGAUCCACAUCACCGUCAUCCCACCGGACGAGAACGGGAAACCCCGCAGGAGCUUCUCUGAGCUGUACCAGAAAGCCAUUAAAGAUGCAGAGUGUACGCCUGGCGAGGACCAGUCCGGUGAGGCCUGGGUGCUUGAAGAGGAGGAACAGGGGGACAAGCUGAGAAAGCGGCAUAGUGUCAUCGAAGCAGACACAGCGAGGGUCCAGGUGGAAGCCGACGGGGCGGAAGGGCACCGAGGGCGAAGUGAGCGAGGCGACACUGCCUCGCUUUUGGGGCCGCCGAGCCUACCCUUGUUACGGGCCACUUCCCUGCAGGACCAAACCUCCAAUCAGGACCAAGAGAGCUCGCAGCUCACACGGAGCUUCUCUUUAGAGAGGGAGUCAUCCUACAGAGAUUCUUGUGAGGGACACAUUUACGACAACGUGGCCUUCAAAGAGGACCGCCACAUCUACGGGAAUGUCGGCGAGUUGAGAGAUGCCACACCUGAUCUAAUCUUGGCUGUCAAGCCCAAAUUUGUCCCGCAGGACGAACAGUUCAUCGCGGACUUCGCCGAUGACAAAGCUUCAGCGAGCGAAUCCUCUCUCUCCUCCUCGAGGUUGUCAUGUGUGGACCGCGCUGAGAGGAACUCACGGGCCUUAAGUCUUCACAACUCCAUCACCAAGAUCCUCUCAGAGACGACAGAUUCCACCGAAGAAGAGUGGCAGUCCAUCGCCGACCUGGCCACAGCCUGCCGCGGCAUCCUUGAGGCUCUGUCACGCGAGGAUCGUAAAGCUGGAGACCAAUCAGGGGCCGAUCACACGGAUGGCAAGCUGAACGCGAGGGAGAGUGACUCUCCAGGCCACCUGGAGGAGAAGGUGUCACAGCUGGAGGCCAUGCUGAAGAAGCUGCAGGAUGACCUGCAAAAGGAGAAGGAGGACAAGGCGGUGCUGCAGGCCGAGGUGCAGAGCCUGCGGCAGAACAACCGGCGGCUGCAGGAAGAGUCGCAGAGCACGGUGGCGCGCCUCAUCAAAGUCACCGAGCUACUGUGCAACGUCAACAAGCCCUGUUAAACACGCCGCCUCGACUAAAUGCUCCUCCGCCGACAACAAUCAGCAGAAUGAUGUAAUGUGUGUGCUCAGUCCUCCAACACACAUGCGCAUCCUCCAUAAACAGUGACUACUGGACCUGCCUGCUGGUUAAGGUGUAUGCAAAGUCAUGACAUUCCCUUACAAGUGUGUACUUCUGGCUGCUGUUAGUGUGCUAUGCCAGUGUGAUCUCUUUGUGUGUGCGUGCGUGUGUGCGUAUGUGUGUUAGCAGCAUGUGUGUGCAUCUCUUACUGUACUUUGCUUCAAAUACUUGACAACCUGGGCUGAUCGGCUCUUCCUUUUUAAGUUCCGACUGAGAGACACCGUAUAGCAUGUUUAUCUGAAAAUUGACCAAAAGUCUACACGUACGGCAUAUAGUAUCACAUACACUCGUGUGUGUGUGUGUGUGUGUAGCACUUAAAUGUGAAGAAUUGCGUUACUUUCUAGUGUGGAAGGUUUUAAAAGACACAAUUUAAAAAAUAAAUAAAGGCAAAGCCUCUCUAGGCAACCACGAGGUUGCAUAUGUAAGGAUGCCAAUCUCUUGCUUCUCAGUAUUAGAAAGGGAUUCUCCUAAUAGUCCCUUCAUGAAAUGAAAACGAGGAAGCCUGCCCAUGUGAGGAAAAACGAGCUGAGCCUAUGUGUGUGUGUGUGUGUGUGCGCGCACUGGAAGACACACAAUGGCAGGAAAGAGCGGCUUCCUCCACAACUUGUUUUCCUGGAACCUCCCUCAAUAUUGUAGCAGCCAUACUGUAGAAGUUCUCCUCCUGCUGGCCUCAUCACGCCAAACGGCAGCUUUUAUAGCAGUAGGUGUCAAUGAAACAUCUUGUAGUAGAAAACACAAUAUCGAACUAUAAUAGUCAGAAUAUUGUAUUGGCUUAUGAGGGGUAGCAGUGAGAGGAAAUCUUCCCCACUUAAUGUGCAUUUUUGUGUUUUUCUGGAUUCAUUCUUGCACUUUUUGGGUGAAAUCAGCACUGGACAGAGGCACGCACGCACGCACGGACUGGAUUGGAUUGGAUUGGAUUUUUCCUGCCUGUGCUCUUCUCUCUCUCUUACCUCACCUUUUUUUGCGCCCACUGCUGAAGGCACCGCUAACAAGGUGCGUUGAAAAAGAGACUGGCUGCUUCUCCUCAGUGCCAACUCCCACCUAGGCAGCUCUUCCGAGUUCCAACCGAAUCAAAACCCUUCUAUCACUUGUGUUUGAAACAUCCGCUCAGACUCUCCAUGCUCUGGUUUCGUGUAAAAACUCUCUCUUGUAACAUUAUUUUAGAGUCACUGUGAAUACUUGGUACCAGCAUAUUAAGAUACAGUAUAUACAGUUUAAAUGAUGAAUCUAAUCUUUAUUAUUAGUAUGUCAGGAUGCUCUGUACAGCUCCUGUUAUAUAGAUGUAUCAUCUUGUGGACAUGCUGAAGCCUCCGGACUGAACUAUUGGUGUGAUAAGACUUACUGUCUUACUGUGUCUCGUAUUGUUGUUUAGAUUGUAAGAGGUCGGUGAAGCAUGAGAAUGUGCCAAGCAACAUCCAAACUCACCCUCUCUGUACGUGAAUGUGUGUGUGUGCGUGUGUGUGUGUGUGUGUGUGUCAAAAUGUAACUUAUUACUCAUGCAAAUGUGGAUUUUAUUGUAGCUGUUUAAACUUGAGGGUUAGGGUUAUUGGUUAAAAAACAAAACAAAAACAAAAGUGUGAAAUGUGUGCUUGGCUUAAAAUGUGACUUUCUUUUAUCAUAGGAAGCCAGCAAUGAUGAAAAUCAUAUCUGUAAAGCGUGCAUUCUCGCUUUCACAAGGUCUUAAACACCAUUAGGUACGCCUUAAUCAGCAACAUCCUGACAGGACGGUCAAAGUGUGAGUUCUCUGACUUUGGGCCUCCCUGGAAAUGGUUGUAUGUUAAGCCAGCUCCCUUUUCUCAUGGUUGCACUGACUUGAGGUUUCAGUUGCAGAUGAGCAUCUGAACAUCUGAUCUUUCAUCUGCUGUGUGCCCGAAACAGAUUUGAGAUGAUGAUGUGUGUCGUCGUCGGUUUAAGCUGAGGCUUGACCUCUGGAGUUGUAAGUGAAUCAUUGAUUUCUAAACCUGAAUUAAAGUAGAAAAGGUUGGAUUGAUGUGACCUGAUGCAUAGCAAUCAAGUAGAAACAGACACGAAUGUCUUGAAUGUCCUUUUGUUUCUCAACACUCAAUUACAGGCAUUGAGUUUGCAAAUAAAUCGUAUCUGAAAAGUCAUUUCACUUACAAGCCGAACAAUGUACUGAAGAAGUGCUUGCCAAUUUUCAUCAUCUGAGAAUUAUUAAAAGGGAAAGAGUAG